AUGCAGUGUCGCCGAGCCAAAAUGGAGUCUGCCCAAAACAACACGCCGGAUCCUUCUGCAAAUAUGGCUCAGGCCUUGGCUUGGAGAGCGAGUGCAGAUAUAGCCCAGCGUCCCCGGGGGGUGGUCAGACGGAGGAUUUUCACCGUUCACUUUGGAGCCGAGCAGCCGCGCAAACGCUGCUUACCGGGACAAACGCAGCUUACCGGGACAAACGCUGCUUACCGGGACAAACGCUGCUUACCGGGACAAACGCCGCUUACCGGGACAAACGCUGCUUACCGGGACAAACGCCGCUUACCGGGACAAACGCCGCUUACCGGGACAAACGCUGCUUACCGGGACAAACGCCGCUUACCGGGACAAACGCUGCUUACCGGGACAAACGCCGCUUACCGGGACAAACGCUGCUUACCGGGACAAACGCUGCUUACCGGGACAAACGCCGCUUACCGGGACAAACGCCGCUUACCGGACAAACGCCGCUUACCGGGACAAACGCUGCUUACCGGGACAAACGCCGCUUACCGGGACAAACGCCGCUUACCGGGACUUAUGGUCCAGAUAUGA